AUGUCCAUAAAGCAACUCACCAAGGAGAAGCUCCGCGCUCUGCUACCCGAUAAGGCCAAGGCUACUAAGGAGGAAGCUGAGAAGCCGAGAACAAAACCGAAAGCGAUCCGUCAACAGAUGAAGGCCGCUCUCAAGGAUAUUCGCUCCGAGAAAACGCAGUCGAAGCCGUACUACUCAUACAUCAGCACUGAAGGCCAAAAGUGA